GUAAACCUAACAAAGUGAUCUGAUCAACACACGUUCACAGAGGCUUGUAACAACAACAACACAAACAGGCAACAUUAACAGUAACAGUAACAGUAACAACAACGAUAUCACAGUAAACACCAAACACCACUAACAACUACAACUACAAAAUAAUCUAAACGUAACUUACGUUAAAGUGCUUCAAUAUGACUUUAUCUCAACAUCCUCAACUUUAUUUGCUUCCUCUUCACCAACAUCACCUUGAUCACCACCAUCAUCUCUAUUUGUAUCAUCUUCAUCCUCUUCUCCAACUUCAUCACCAUCAUCAACAACAGCAACAGCAGCAGCAACAACAACAACAGCAACAACAGCAGCAGCAGCAACAAUUGCAACAAAACAAUCGAAACUCUCAGUCGAAGUUUAAAUUUGACUUUAAACGACUUGCAGAAUCGGUAACGGCCGAGGCAGCUAAAAAGGAAGCCGAAUCAUCAUCAUCUUCAUCAUCGUCCUUUUCCUCAUCGUCAUCACUUUCUCCUUCAUCAGUGUCAUCAGUUUCAUCAAUAUCAUCAGCCGGUUCAUCAUCAUCAGUCGCCAAUUAUCCAAACUUUUAUAAUCCACUUUCCUUGACUCUGAGUCGUGGUGCAGCUAGUUCCCUUGAGAAGCGACUUUCUCGGAUGACAAGAAGCUCUUCCAGGCCCAAACGAGAGUUCAUCUGUAAAUAUUGUCAAAGGAAAUUUUCAAAAUCUUACAAUUUGUUGAUUCAUGAGAGGACCCACACUGAUGAGAGACCUUAUUCAUGUGAAAUUUGUAAUAAAGCUUUCCGUCGACAGGAUCAUCUUCGUGAUCACCGAUAUAUCCAUUCCAAGGAAAAACCUUUCAAAUGCAAUGAAUGUGGCAAAGGUUUCUGUCAAAACAGGACUUUGGCUGUCCACCGAAUCCUUCACAUGGAAGAUUCACCCCACAAAUGUAAUACCUGUGGUAAAAGUUUUAACCAGCGAAGCAACUUGAAGACUCAUUUACUUACCCAUACUGACAUUAAACCCUACAAUUGCGCCGAUUGUGGUAAAGAGUUUAGACGUAACUGUGAUCUUCGUCGUCACACCUCAACCCAUACUUUGGGCUUAUCUGAGAGUCAAUUAAAUUCUGAUAACAAUGAUUCUUGCUGUUCUUUACAAGAUUCUCUUUCUGGUUCCAAUGGUGGUGACUCAACCAAAUUAAAUCAUCCAAUCAGUCUAGUGCGUGGCUGCUCUCCAUCAUCUAACAAUACCACAAAGAUAUCCAGCAACCUUUCAACCCCCGGUAAAACAACAUCAUCACCCAUGGAGAUAACGAAAAUAGAUGAUCUCAUUGAAGGUGAAGAGGAUGAUAUCGAUGUUGUUAAUUAACUCCUUUUUAUCAACACAAUCAAAUAUACUAUGGAUGAUCUUUACUUUUUUGUUUUUUUUUGUGUCUAUCGACUUUACUUGUUCCACUUUUUUUGUCCAAGAAUCUUCCAUUACUUAUCUCUUAAUCUUGAUCUUUCUCCUUUUUGUGUCUCAUCUCAAUGAGUUGAUACUUAUUAAAUUUAAAUUUAAAAUCUAUUGUAUUGUAAACCAAAUUGGAUCUCCCUUUUGUUUCAUCUCUCUCUCUCUCUCAACUCCAUAUCUUUUAAUAAUAAAACAUCUAAAUUA